AUGGAUUCGCAACACCCCAACCCACCUCAUCUCAUUACCGACAAUAAUCCCACCUUCAACCCCGUCCCCUCUAGGACGGCGAAUAGUACCCCGAUCUCCUCUCCGGGCCUCUUUAGCCCUACGAAUCCUCGUCCCAAUGCUUUCCUCGCACACUCCGCCUCCGAUGCUUCUACGCCGGUGGCCACCUCGGCCAGUCCCUAUCUGCACCCGCUGCAGAACCAUAGAGUCCGAGAGACCCACAAAGCUCUCGUCGAUAUGGACAUUAUGACGGGACGAAAAAUCAUCAAUCAGUACGAAGUGAUUGAAGAACUUGGUCGUGGCGUACACGGCAAAGUAAAAUUGGCACGGAAUCUCGAAACUGGCGAUAAUGUCGCGAUCAAAAUUAUCCCCAGAUUUUCUAAGAAGCGGCGCUUGGGGAAGGUCACCGCAUCUCCCCAGGAUAAAACCAAGCGAGAGAUUGCCAUCCUGAAAAAGAUCCGGCACCCGAACGUUGUCGCCUUACUCGAGAUUAUCGACGACCCCGAGUUCAAGAAGAUCUAUAUGGUCUUGGAACAUGUUGAGUUAGGGGAAGUUAUCUGGCGAAAGAAGGGCUUGCCCUAUAUCUGCAGCAUCGAGAGAAGGAGGAUCGAGAAAGAGGUGUGCGGGGAACUUAGUACCGAGGAGGAAGAGCGGUAUAUUCAACUUCUCGAGAAACGACAGGCUUUGAACGAUAUGAAAAGGGCGAAGAUGCAACAGACUCACAAGGGCCCCGAAGACUUCUGGAGUAUCGAGUAUGGCGCCGCCAAUGACGACUACUCCGAAGGCCAAGCACGUUCUUUCGAGAGAGAAGGGAGCGAGCUUAUGCGGGCAGCCAGGGGGGCGGCGUCGUCGUCCAAAGCUGGUUCAAGAGCUGCGUCUCCGACUCGAUCUCACAACCAAUCUUUGCGGUCCGGUUCUCGAGCGAGUACCCCGCUUCCUUCUGAGUACGAUGUUUCAUCUGUUAGUGCAGGCGCCGACGAAGGUGAUAUAGAAACUCCUGGUCCGUUACGAUCUCAGCCUGGAUCUUCAACCGCCCUGGACAGGACGAUAACUGGUACAUAUCCCGAAGAGGCCAUGUUCCGUGGCCGGUCUCCGAGUAUGGCCGAUUCAAUCAUCUCUCAUAUGUCGUCGGUUGACUAUAAUCCCCAACCGCACGAUCCCUUCGCUGACGAUUAUUCGUAUGUCCCUUGCUUCACAAUCGAGGAUGCGCGUGCCACGUUCCGAGAUACCGUACUUGGAUUGGAAUAUCUGCAUUACGAAGGUGUUGUACAUCGCGAUAUCAAGCCGGCCAAUCUUUUAUGGACUCGGGAUCACAGGGUAAAAAUAUCCGAUUUCGGUGUUUCCUAUUUUGGUCGACCUAUUCGCGAAGGCGAACCGGACGAGCUCGUAUCAGAAUCUGAGGCUCGCGAUUUUGAUGAUGAUCUCGAAUUGGCAAAAACUGUGGGCACUCCCGCCUUCUUCGCUCCGGAAUUGUGCUACACCGAACCAAGCAAGGACCAACCAAAGAUCUCAGAGCAAAUCGACGUGUGGUCUCUUGGCGUAACGCUUUAUUGCUUGAUUUUCGCUCGCAUCCCCUUUAUGGCGGAGGAUGAAUUUCAAAUGUUCAAGAAAAUAGCGACGGAUGAUGUGUACAUCCCACGGCGCCGAUUAAGACCCGUCGAUCCACAGCAUUCCCCAUCGUCUACCUCUUUGUAUAAACGUGUUAACAGUGAACCCUAUCGAGACGACAGUGUUCUUGCGUAUGAAGAGAUCGACGAUUUAUUGUACGACCUCCUACGCCGCAUGUUAACUAAGAAUCCCGAGAAGCGGAUACGGCUUCGAGAAGUGAAACGACACCCUUGGGUUGUACAGGGUAUCCCCAACCUCAUUGCGUGGAUCGACGAAACGGACCCUUCGCGUCGUACAUCUGGUCGUAAAAUCGAAGUCGAUGAACGCGAAAUUACUCGUGCUGUUGUUCCUCUCACUUUCCUGGAGAGAGCUCGUUCAGUCGUAAAGAAGACAAUCGGAAAGGUAAUGCAUCCGCGCACUGAGAGAACUGAAAGUUAUUCGAGGAGAAGGGCUGCUAGCAGUGCCGCCAGUUCGGCAGGAGAUACGCCUCCGAUCGCAACCCCAACCCCGCAUGUACGGGAGGCUCGCCGAAAAAGCUUGCGGCCCGACGAUUAUUUCGCUACCGUUAGAGAAGGUGAUCAUCCCUUAUCUCAAAGUGUCACUGCGACUCCUCAAGAGUCACCAACCCAGGAUACGCCUGAUUCUGCCCAUCGAGGGUCCCCACUGGUAGGCGGAGAUUUUAGACGAAACGCCAGCGGCUCUAUCGGCGAUUUUAACGCGCACUCAGAUUUCGCAGGACCACCAUCGACGUCUACGUCGUUAUCGUCGAUCAGGGGCCAUAUAAGCCAUCGUCAUGGCCGAACAAGAUCAAUUACCAAUGCGAUUCUCGCCCUUGCACCUAGCAAAGAAUCACAAACAACGCCGAGCACUCCCGCACUCGAAACUUGCAUUCGAGACGACCCUAUCGCCUCUCUACGAAAAGCACGAGAUAUAGAAUCUAUGGAUGAUUCAUCUCGUUCACGAUCGGUAGAUCGUGGACUAUUCGCUAAUAGCGAUAAACGCGCUGAAGCCAAAGUUGCCUUGAGCAUGGCAAUAGCCCCGGGAAGUAUGGAACUUCCCAAACGCCCACUUUCGGUUCAUCCUCCAGACACCAAGUCGUUUUUGCAUCACGAUGGCCAUCACUUGUCUUCGCCCUUGUUCUUUUCCCCUAAAGCAAUUCGCAGUUAUCACCAUGACCAAUUUGGCCCAGAUCCAAGCAUGCAGGUGGAAGGCCACACUCUGCCACCAAGAGUGUACCAUUCAUCUACUCCAGAGUCCUUUUCGCGAACUCAAGAUCAAAGACUGCGUCGGGAACAACAGCAAUCCGAAGAGCAAGCAAAACGUGAGGAACUAAUAGCGUCUCGAACAGAUGAUUCCACUUCUUACAUUCCCUUCCCACCUUCGCCUGAUGACGACCUUAAUCUGGAACAUACCCGACCGCCCUCUAGAGAUCCCGGCACUACCGCAACUUCUGCUUCGGCAUCUACAGGUACCAUCAUGACGCCGCUUACUAGCCCUAGUGAAUCAGCAAGCCCUGCUAGUUUACCAAAUCUUACGGGUCGCGAAGACUCGCAGAUUUUUCGAUCAGAUCCCUCGCUGCCAGCGCUACUCAGUGGUGCGAGCUCGGUGUCUGCAGACGCUGAGGGGGAGUUCCUUUUGAAGCCAGGCUCUCUUGACCGACCGUCCCUUAUCGAUACUACUGACUCAUUAACUCCACCGGCUCUUACGAAGGAACCGAUUUCAGGGUUUCCGCUCGAAGAGGACGAGCAAUAUCAAACAUUGCUUCUUCCUCAGCCACAACGGCCUAUAACUACAUCUUCUCUCCUGUCUACGAGGGCCGUCGACGAAGAAGAUGGGAGCGAUAGUGACGAAGGUCUUGUCAUGAAACCUAAAAAACGAAAUCCGGCCAAGGACCAUGGUAGCUCGCCUUUAGGCCGGACAAUGUCAAGUGCAAAAAGACGCGAUACGCAAACAAGCAUUGGCAGUACGGAUACGGCCAAAAAGAUCCUCAUGCAGAGUAGAUAG